AUUCUCUUAACUGUUUCAGCAAAAUGACUAAGUAAAAUAAUAGUAAAUAAUCUGAUAUUACCAUGGAGGCCGGGCUAGAUGCUGGAGGUGACUCUGUAACACCUUACUCAAAAUUUGUGGAUCGUAGUAAACUUGCUAGCAACUGGAAAGCUCGACCGGCUUCACCAUCUACUGUGACGAAUGUUGCUGUUUUACCACUUGGACAAACGAAAAAAAACAUUAAAACAUUUUUAAGGGAAAGGCUGUUUGCGCCAAAUCAUGACAUAAGGUCUGUUUUGUUUAAAAGUCUAGCCAAAAGAAUUCCGCAUAACACUUCAAUGUUUUCAGAGCAAAUGUAUAAAGACUUUAUACAAGAAUGCUACCCCAAAGUUACUACAUACAAAAAUGCGCCGUUACCUAGUUUUGUACUAGAGGAUGAAGAUUUACCAUCUUACUUACUCAAUGACCAAGGAAAGCUGGAAUUGCGGAAAAUACUUGUUUGUAUUAACCAUCAUUUUUCACAUAUAGUGUAUUGUCCGAUCUUGCCACCGAUUGUUGCAAUAUUACUUCACUAUGACGAUUCUCCAAGUCAAGUUUUUGCUCAUGUUUGUCAUAUAUUAUUUUGUAAUGCUAGGCAUAUGCAUUACAUUGAUCAGAAUAAGGCAGAUACAGAAGCAUCCGCUAGAGUGGUCAAAGAGCUUGUGCGUCGUUUUGCGCCAACUUCACAUAAAACGCUGGUGAACUUUACAACAAAUCCUGAUGAUAUAUACAGCCAAUGGUUACGAGUCAUCUUCCAUGGAUUACCCUUUGCAUAUCUGGUGAUUUUAUUUGACAUGUAUCUCAUUGAAGGUUACAAAGCACUCUUUCGAGCUGCGAUUGCCGUUUUAAAAUUUUACAAAAAGGUUGGCUUGUCUAAUCCAUCAGAUAUUCUAAGUGCUGUGUUUGGCUUUGUUCAAUCAAUUGAUACAAAAGUCAGUACAAACUUGCUGUUCAGAAAAGCAUAUUCAAUCAAGUUGCCGACAACGAAAGAGCUUAGAAAAUUACAUCAAAAGCAGCUUUCUGUGUUACGCCAGCUCCCAAUUGCAGACACUAGUCGAAGAUCAUCCCAAGAGCGUACUCCUUGGAGAUAUAUAUUCUUUGUUCGAAAUGUAAAUUCUGAUAUCGUUGAUGAAACCUUGUUCUCCAAAUUAUAUUGUUGGCUCCCAGAAAGAAUUUCAAUUCUCAGGCCCACGCUUUUAUUUUCUACCAACAAAGAUGGGUAUAGUUUGGAAGCAUUCUUCCGAGCUUCUGACGAAAGAACACCAUCAAUACUUUUGAUUAAAACUACAGAAGGCUCUGUCCUGGGCGCUUAUCUAACAGCUGAUUGGACUGAAAGGAAAACUGAUCCAAAUGCAUAUUUCGGCACCGGAGAAACAUUUCUUUUCACUCUAUCCCCAGAAUAUAAAAAAUAUAACUGGGUUGGAUUGAGAUCGGGAGGAUCAAGUAUUUCAAAUUUGCAAAGCUCGAAUGGAAGAAAUAGCUUAUGUAGUUCUGUAGCUUCUGGAAUGAAGUCGCUCCCACCAGAUGCUGCCAGAAGCAGUAGAGGGAUCACUUUGCCUCCUAUACGUCAUGAUGGUGCUUCACCUUCUUUGGCCAGUGUAACCAAAGAUAGCAGAGAAAGUUCUGUUGUUCUUCCACCUCUGGUCAUCAGCCCCGUUUCACAAGAAUCAAUCCCUUCUUUUUCAUCAUCUACAAUCAAUGAAUCAUCAAGUCGGGCGAAAAUUAUGCAAAAAACAUCAAACGAAAAGAUGGCCAAGACGUCAUCUGAUCUGUUUAUGUUUGCUGAUAGCAGAGGAAUAGUUGUAGGUGGAGGAAAUGGCUAUGGAUUAUUUAUGGAUUCUUCUUUUCUAAAUUGUACAACAGAACACUGUGAGACUUUUGAAAACAAACCACUUGUCAAAGGAGGAAGUUUUCAGUGUUCCCAUGUUGAGCUUUUUGGUUUUACAGAUUGAAUUCAGCCAUUACCAUUCAUAAUGCUGCCAUAAAUUGUUGCAAUAUUUACAUAAGAUUUAUAUAAUACAAAUUGCCACCCAUCUCUAAGCAAUAUUUUAAUAAGUGAUUAGUUCUCAGUUUUGUACUAUUUUAUUGAAUCCUAUAAGAUAUAUUGCAUGUUGUUUUCUAAUAUUUUCUAUGUUAUAUAAUACAGUAUAUGAAUUUCAAACAAUUAUUUUUGUGAAUUGACAUGGUUAAACUUGAGUGUAGUUGCCAAGUCUUGAUUCAAUAUAAACACAAAUUUAGGUUCACACAAAGCUGAUCCGAUCUGUAAACCCCAACUGAGUAUAUAAUGAUAACCUUUUAUUUCUCCACUACCAUGGUGUAAAAACUCGUAAUUUGUUUAAUUCUCAUGGGCCACUCUGGCUCUUUUUGCACAGUUUGAAUUGUUUAUACUGAAUAACCUGGCCUGCAAAAUGAA